AUGACCGAUAGUGGCGGUUUCAUCAAAGUCCCCACUCCGGAUGAGGAGGAGCAGAUGAAGAAGGCGGCCGAUGCCUCCAAGGAGCGUCGGGAGGCGACUAGGAAAAAGGAGGCAGAAGACAUGGCGAAGAAGGCGGCUGAGGCAUCCAAGGAGCCUCCGCUCGCUUUCUUUCGCCAUUAUUCAUGA